GAUAUUAUCAAAUUUUGGCUUGGCAAAGGAAUUGAUGGAUUUAGUUUCAGCGCUGUUAAAUUCCUUUUAGAAGCAACGCAUCUCCGAGAUGAGCCUCAAGUGAACAAGACCCAGAAUCCCGAGAGUAUCACCGCCUAUUCCCAGCUCUACCAUGACUACACAACCACACAAGUUGGUAUGCAUGACAUCAUCCGUAGCUUCCGUCAAACCAUGAAUCAGUUCAGCAGUGAGCCUGGCAGAUACAGGUUUAUGGGUUCUGACGGUGAUGAAAAGGGAGACAUUGAAGCAACAAUGAUGUAUUAUGGAACAACUUUUAUCCAAGAGGCAGAUUUUCCCUUCAAUUUCAACCUAAUUGACAUGAAAAAUCUGUCGGGCAACAGUAUUUUUGAAGCUGUCAACUUGUGGAUGAAAAACAUGCCUGCAGGAAAAUGGCCAAACUGGGCAGUUGGAAGCCCUAACGCUGCUCGGAUUUCAUCUCGGAUUGGGAAGGAGUAUGUCAAUGUUAUGAACAUGCUGCUUUUAACCCUCCCUGGUACUCCCGUGACUUACUACGGGGAAGAGAUCGGCAUGGAGAACAUCGCAUCAGAGAACGUGACCUUUCCGGAGAAAUCUCCCAUGCAGUGGGAUGGCGAAGGUAACGCUGGCUUCACUGACGGCAACAGCAGCUGGUUACCUGUUCACUCCGACUACCGCAGGGUGAACGUAGAGAUCCAGAUGACGUGGGCCAACUCCACCCUGAGUCUGUACAGAGAGUUAACGUCCCUUCGCAACAAGGAGCUCCCCAUUCAGCGGGGUUGGACGUGCUUCGCCUGGAACGACAGUAACGUGUUUGCGUAUGUGAGGGAAUUGGAUGGAUUAGACAGCGUCUUUAUGAUGGUUCUCAAUUUUGGGCAGGAAUCGACGAUAGACCUGAAAGCUCUGGUUCCUGGCCUUCCCUCCAAAGCUGUUAUAAGACUAAGUACUCAUUUUGGCAAUGCUGGUAAAGCUGUCGACACCAAACUAAUUAAAACUGAAAUGGGAGAAGGCCUGGUCCUCGAAUACAAAACAGCAAAGCCUGUUCAUACUAUGGAAGCUUUUAAAGGAAAUUGUUUUGUGGCUGAAAAAGCUUGUUAUUCCAGUGCCUUCAAUUUACUCUACGUGAACUGUUAA